CCCCCCCCCGGCCCCCGAUCACACUACUAGAGAUGGCAAAAUCAUGAUCUAAUUAAUCUUCUCAGUUCUCUCCAAUCAUAUCCAAUUAAUCUCUUCUGAGAUAGCCUUUAGGCCAUUGAGGAGCCAAACUUAAUGAAGUUUCUGCAUCAAUCAAAGCAUCACGCCCUUCCUUCAAGUUAUAGUGGCAGCUACUCCUGUUAGCCCAAGCCUCGUAAUUCCUGGGGUUGCAAAUUACAGCCUGCAAAAGCCGGAUAAAUUUACCACAAAAAUCGUGAAAAGUUGCAGAAACUGGUAUUGUUUCUUCAAUUUUUUUUUUUUUUGAUUUCUCGUUGAUGUUUCACCUAAAUUGUGGAAUAAUUCAAUUAAGUUUUACUCCAGUUGCUCAUAAGCAUAGGCCGGGUCGCCGGGAGGUCGGGUUCCGAACCUUGUUUUCGCGAUCUUCUGUUAAUGAAGGCAAUCCAAUCUAUUUUUUAACAUCGUUGUUGUAAGUAUUGAGAUCUUCUUUUCCGGGCCGCCCCGACCAAAUAGCACUGUUUUUUCUUGAUUGACCGGAGCUUACAGGUCGCCUCCGGUGGUGGGGGAAGGAAAUUGGUUUGCAAGGAGAACUAAUCAAGUAUGAGGAUUUAACCUUUUUUAUUUUUUUAUUUUUUUAAAAAGGUGACUGGAUUCCGACUAAUCUUGUCUAGAAUUUUCCUCUAGUUCGGUUUCCUGUUUGCUAAUAUUCUUUUUGUUUUUAGUCUUAUUAAGUGUAGGAAUUAGUAAACCUAAUUAGGAUAAGGAUUUAUCGGAAUUUAUCUAUAAAUAGAUUAGUUACGUAGCUACUAUAUUCACGUUUUUUGCUUUAAUUGUUUUAUAACAUCAAAGCUAGCUCUUGUGGCUCUCAAAGACUCUUCCUUCCUUAAAUCUCUACAGCUUGCCUAUCUCCUUCACUUUGAAUUCAGAUUGCCUAUUGGCUAUUGGUAUCAAUCUCAAAAGUUCUCCAGUCCGCCCAAAUUUGUACUAGUUUUUAUUUGAGUUUGACAAUUGAUUCGUAUCUUUUGUAUUAGGCUUAAGAUGGUCCCGAAUGAUUUGGUUUGGGAAAUCUUGAGAUGGAUCCCAGUCAAAUCUUUGAUGCGCUUUAAGUGUGUAUCUCGAACUUGGUUAUCAAUCAUUAGGGAUCUGAGGUUUUCCAAGAUUUACAGCGGUGGUGGUGGUCCGUGUCUAAUAUCUUUUCACAGUUGGACUUUUGAAAAGUCUUGGUUUCCCCUUGUGUCCUUCGAUAACCAUACCUGUUUUGAGUUCCUCAAUCUUGAUAGUGAGAGCUUCGACACCCAAUAUGUGUAUCAUGGACACGCGCUAAAAAAAGCUUGUACAAACAUUGUGGACGGUCUAAUAUGUUUCUAUCGAGGAGAGCAGUCGUGGUUGUAUAACAUUGCCACCAGAGAGAUGGUGAAGCUUCCUGACUUGAACUUUGGGGAAUGUAAGGAAGCAUGUCAUUCUAGUGCGUACCACUUAGGUUACGAUCCCAUCACCAAACGAUACAAGUUACUCAACACGGGUGACAAUCAUGCGGCAAUUCUCACUAUUGGAGUUGAUUCUUUGUGGAGAAACAUUCCCCCUUCAGUUACAUCGAUAGACAUGAGAAUAAAGAGAGGUGCAUGUUUAGACGGGAAUAUCUGUUGGGAGAGUCGAAGUGCCAGUCAAACUAUCAUAAUAUCUUUUAAUUUGGCCCAAGAGAAGUUUAUUCAGAUUGAGUCGUUCUUAGUUUUGGGAUCGUUAAUAAAUUUUGGACCCAGUUUAAUGGUAACGAGAUGUAAUCAAAGUAGUGGAGGACCUGACGAGAUCCUAUAUUACGACUAUAACAAUGGGAUUUGGAUUAAGCAGCUAUUUCUGCCACCACGAACUGAACCAUUAGAAGGAGUUCACAUUGAUGAAUUUCCCUGUAUCGUUGGUGUAUUCCCUAAUGGGAAGGUGUUAAUGAUAGAUUGUUUUGGACGGUCCCUUAUUUACCAAUAUUAUUUGUUUGAUCUAUCAAAGAAAGAGUGGAAACCAAUUGCGACUAGCGAUUCUUUAGCAAGGAGAUGUAGGUCAAAACAUUGGUUCUAUUUUGAGGAGAAUAUUAUCUCACUCGCCCAUUUGACUUCUUGCGACGUAUAGAAUUGAGUUUUUGUAUUGGUGGGGGGAAUGAAGUGGCAGCUUUGUGGAAAAUUGUUAUCUCCUCAAUUGAUGAAGGUUCAUUCCCUACUACUCUGUGGGCUGGUGCGAGCUGAUUGAAAGGAAAGUAGGCAACAAAAGAGUAGCAAGAAAGUUGAGCAUAAGGCAUGCGUUGAGUUUCCUUCAAAUAUUCUCCUCAAAUGAAUAAAGUUGAUUUCUGCAAUUCAAAAAAACAAAGUUUGUGUGUUUGCCUUUUAGUUUGGACAACUUGAUGAUAUUUACAUUUUUUUUCAAGCUUCUGUAGUAUCCUAUUGUUGUACUUCUUUAUUUAUUUUUAUGCGGA